AUGGCGGGGUGCAGGGGCGCCCUGUGCUGCUGCUGCCGCUGGUGCUGUUGCUGCGGAGAGCGCGAGAGCCGCACCCCAGAGGAGUUGACUAUCCUUGGAGAAACUCAGGAAGAAGAUGAUGAGAUCCUUCCCCGAAAGGACUAUGAGAGUUUGGACUAUGAUCGUUGUAUCAAUGACCCCUACCUGGAAGUGCUGGAAAGCAUGGAUAAUAAGAAGGGUCGAAGGUACGAGGUGGUGAAAUGGAUUAUGGUGUUUGCUAUUGGAGUCUCCACUGGCUUGGUGGGCCUCUUUGUGGACUUCUUUGUCCGCCUCUUCACCCAGCUCAAGUUCCGAGUUGUAGAGACUUCGGUUGAAGAAUGCAGUGAGAAAGGAUGCCUUGCCCUCUCCCUCCUUGAACUUCUCGGUUUUAACUUGACGUUUGUUUUCUUAGCCAGUCUGCUUGUCCUGAUUGAGCCAGUGGCAGCUGGUUCUGGGAUUCCAGAGAUCAAAUGCUACUUGAAUGGUGUUAAAGUGCCUGGCAUUGUCCGUCUCCGAACCCUAGCAUGCAAGGUUUUGGGAGUGCUUUUCAGCGUGGCUGGAGGGCUCUUUGUAGGGAAAGAAGGUCCUAUGAUCCACAGUGGUGCAGUUGUGGGUGCUGGACUCCCUCAAUUCACAGGGUUGAUUGUGGACCACCAAAAGAUGAACCCACCAAAGCGGCUGUGGGUAUUUGAGUCAGUGCCCACCGUCCAUUUGGUUCCCAAUCACCAGGUGACUUCAGAAGAUGUGAAUUCAAGCAUCAAAACUUUUUUUUGCCCCAAUGAGACCUAUAAUGACAUGGCAACAUUGUUCUUCAAUCCCCAAGAAUCUGCCAUCCUGCAGCUCUUUCACCAAGAUGGUACUUUUAGCCCCAUCACGCUGGCCUUAUUCUUUGUCCUCUAUUUCUUACUCUCAUGUUGGACUUAUGGCAUGUCAGUUCCAAGUGGCCUCUUUGUGCCCUCUCUGCUUUGUGGAGCUGCUUUUGGACGCUUAGUUGCCAACAUUCUGAAAAGCUACAUUGGAUUGGGUCACAUCUAUUCAGGGACUUUUGCCUUGAUUGGUGCUGCAUCUUUCUUGGGUGGCGUAGUCCGAAUGACCAUCAGUCUUACAGUCAUCUUGAUAGAAUCCACCAAUGAGAUCACUUAUGGACUUCCCAUCAUGAUCACCUUGAUGGUAGCCAAGUGGACUGGGGACUUUUUCAACAAAGGCAUUUAUGAUAUCCAUGUGGGGCUUCGAGGGGUGCCACUUCUCGAAUGGGAGACAGAAGUGGAAAUGGACAAGCUGAGAGCAAGUGACAUCAUGGAGCCCAACCUGACAUAUGUCUACCCACAUACUCGCAUCCAGUCACUGGUCAGCAUCCUGAGAACCACAGUCCACCAUGCAUUUCCUGUGGUGACAGAGAAUCGGGGCAAUGAGAAGGAGUUCAUGAAAGGAAACCAGUUGAUCAGUAACAACAUAAAAUUCAAAAAAUCUAGCAUUCUCACCCGGGCUGGUGAGCAGCGCAAAAGGAGCCAGUCCAUGAAAUCCUACCCAUCAAGUGAGCUUCGUAACAUGUGUGAUGAGCACAUAGCUACAGAGGAGCCAGCAGAGAAGGAGGACCUCCUGCAGCAGAUGCUAGAGAGAAGAUACACGCCAUACCCCAACCUAUACCCUGACCAGUCCCCCAGUGAAGACUGGACCAUGGAAGAACGCUUCCGCCCUUUGACCUUUCAUGGCCUGAUUCUUCGAUCACAACUUGUCACAUUGCUGGUCCGAGGAGUUUGCUAUUCUGAAAGUCAGUCAAGUGCCAGUCAGCCUCGGCUCUCCUAUGCCGAGAUGGCUGAGGAUUAUCCCCGCUACCCGGACAUCCACGACCUGGAUCUGACCCUGCUGAAUCCCCGGAUGAUCGUGGAUGUCACCCCCUACAUGAACCCGUCACCAUUUACAGUCUCACCCAAUACUCACGUCUCACAAGUCUUCAAUCUGUUUAGAACGAUGGGCCUCCGACACUUGCCAGUGGUGAAUGCAGUGGGGGAGAUUGUUGGGAUUAUUACCCGGCACAACUUGACCUAUGAAUUUCUCCAUGGAAGACUAAGGCAGCACUACCAGACCAUCUGACCCCCACUAGCUUAGUCUCCAAAUACAAGGCAGCCCUUCCUCUUCCAGAGAGAGCCAUAGGGUUUCUCGUUUACUUUCUGCCCUGGACCUCAGUUCUCCCAGGUCGUGGAGGAUUCACCAGUUGGUUUUAUCCACUUGCACGCAAAGCUGGAAUUGUCAAACAUUUGGCUGGUCAGAGAUAUGAGGGGUUUGAGGUAACCACAGAGAUGCUGCCUAGCAGAGAGAUUUGGAUCUCUCUGACUUCCCCUGGCAGGUAGCUUCUCUUGUCCCUCUUCCUCUCCUCCUUGCCAUCAGAUGUUUACACAUGCCCCUGGCAUGUCCUUCAGCUAUUCCUGGGGACCAGAGGUUAAAACCGAUCCCUGUUGAACCAUGUCCUACUACCGGCUGGGGGAUAAAGCUCAGAGCAUUUUA